CGAUUGAAGGGGCCACCCAGAAGAACUCCAAGCUCCAGCCCGCCAAGCCCAGGUUAACUGCAGUUCCAAUCGACGUGCUGCCAUUACAGAUUGCACUACUAUUGCUCAAACCGCUGCAGCAACGACACAAAGAACGGGACGACGAAGUGCAACGUGACGGGCAGCUACUGGGCUCUGCGGCAGGUGGAUUUUCACCUAUUCUUCGACCGUUUGGGGACGCCCGGGUUAGCAGGAAUGUCGACACUCAGCCCUCACGUCAAGGCCGUGCGGUCACUGUACCGGCGGUCAUUGAAGCUUGCCCUUGACUGGGCUGUUCAACGAAGCCUCUGGCGAGGACAAGCAGUCUACAUCCGGACCCUUUUCGAUGCGAACAAGACCAUAACCGACCCCAGACAUCAAAGAAUUCUAUUCAACGAGACAGAAAAGUUAUUACAGAAAUGGAAGCAUCCUGAUCCCUACAGGCCACCAACUGCUCCUGGAGGCUCCAAAUACGAGAGGAACCUGGCAGCGCCAGAUCUACCUCCACCGUCAAGAGAAUUCGUCAAAAGGUUAUGAGGGUCAGGCGCACUUGGUUUUAAUGCAGCAUUGUACAUAUCACCACUGGAUAUGAUCCAGCCCGCUUGAGAGCUGGUUAUCUACCAAGUCAGGCAGGAAUGACAAAAAAUCCGUGCCAUCAAACUUGCA